GCCGGACUGCGCUUGCGCUUUUCUUUGGCGCCAAGAUGGCGAUGGAGAUGAGGCUUCCCGUGGCUCGGAAGCCUCUUAGCGAGAGCGUGGGCCGCGAUACUAAAAAACAUCUGGUGGUUCCGGGGGACACAAUCACCACGGACACGGGAUUCAUGCGGGGCCAUGGAACUUACAUGGGGGAAGAGAAGCUCAUUGCAUCCGUGGCCGGCUCCGUGGAGAGGGUAAACAAGUUGAUCUGUGUGAAAGCUUUGAAAACCAGAUACAAUGGUGAAGUAGGAGACAUUGUGGUGGGGAGAAUCACAGAGGUUCAACAGAAGAGGUGGAAGGUGGAGACCAACUCGAGGUUGGAUUCAGUCUUGCUUCUGUCAUCCAUGAACCUUCCUGGAGGAGAGCUGAGAAGAAGAUCUGCAGAAGAUGAGCUGGCCAUGAGAGGUUUCUUGCAGGAAGGGGAUCUCAUCAGUGCGGAGGUGCAGGCGGUGUUCUCAGAUGGAGCGGUGUCGCUGCACACGAGGAGUCUGAAGUACGGCAAACUCGGCCAGGGGGUGUUGGUCCAGGUUUCUCCAUCCCUGGUCAAGCGGCAGAAGACUCACUUCCAUGACUUGCCCUGUGGGGCCUCCGUGAUUCUGGGGAACAAUGGCUUCAUCUGGAUCUACCCAACGCCGGAGCACAAAGAAGAGGGCGCGGGGGGCUUCGCUGCCGACCUGGAGCCCGUCUCCCUCGCCGACCGAGAGGUGAUCUCCCGGCUCCGGAACUGCAUCGUCUUGCUGGUCACCCAGAGGGUGAUGCUGUAUGACACCAGCAUCUUGUACUGCUACGAGGCGUCCCUUCCGCACCAGAUCAAAGACCUCUUAAAGCCAGAAAUAAUGGAGGAAGUAGUUAUGGAAACGCGCCAGAGGCUUUUAGAACAGGAGGGGUGAGGAGAGACAUCUGAAGGACAGUAUGGUGUGCACCUGACCCGAGCAGUUCUUGAAAGUGAAGAAUCCGAUUUGUGGUCCCUGUGUGGCUCCGUGGAGAACUGUGACACUCACCAUCUGACCUACAUCAGGCUACGUCCAGCCCCAAAGACUUGCUUUCUCCUGAUCUAGGGCAGAGCCUGGGGAAGUGCUGCUGGCCCCUUGGGUUGCCUGCAGAGUCGGGCAGUACGGGUAUGCAGGCCUUUAUUUUUUUAUUUUCUUAAUUAUUACUAUCUUUUUUUUUUUUUAAGCUUCAAGCCUUUACAAGCACACAGUGUUUCAGCCAAGUGGACUCCUAUUCUGGAAUAAUAUGGAGAAUCUUUUUCUUCUAUUCACCAUCAGUUGGUGAAUCACCAUCACAAGCUACAGUGCCCCCAUGAAAUGGUCCUUAUAAAAAACACAGCCUCCCUGA